AUGAAGGGCACGACAGCUUUACUUCCGAUCCUCUCGACCCUGUUGCACUCUACCUCAGCCUUCGUUAACUAUGUCACAUUCGAUGCCAACAGCAGCGCCCCUACCGAUGGCUAUCAGACCUUCAGAGCCAACGACCGAGCGGCCAACGAAACCCACGCAGUGAGCUUCAGCUACGCCAGCAACAGCAACCAGAAUUGGACAUGGACUUUGAAGACCAGCGAUGUUCACAUGCCGAAUAUAACUGGCACGAACCUCGACACUGCGCAACCGAACGGGCCAGCCAAUCCUCAUGUUGCUUUCACUACGUAUGACUUUUCAUGGCCUCAAGGUGGAAGUUUGAACGAUGCAGUCAAGCAAAGCAGCGACCAGAAUAACGGCGCGUACGCACCUUCCUGCAUGUACUUGAUCUGGGCCCAGUUCCCGCUCAAUGUUUCGGCAAAGUACGAUCCCUCGUCAAGUGACUGCACGAGUGCACUCGGGGAGGCGUGUGUGAAUGCGAUUGUUGGGAACAUGACGGCAUCAACGCGAUGCGAAACGAACGACUUCCCCCCAUACUUCAAGUACCGAGACGAGUGCGCCGAUUCGUUUGGUGCCAUUGAGGGUGGAGGCUGGGCGACUCAGGCCUAUGCAUUCGGAAACGCCACUGCACCCUCAAACCAGACCUCUCUCCAGAGCGGCCAGACCUGGGCUUGGACACUCAGUGACCCAUAUUCGGCGGGCAACUCGUCGGCAUUCGGAACGGCGACGGAGAGGUUGCAUGUCGUUGGGCUGUCGUCAGGAGGACAGAACCGGCUGUUGUGCAAUCGCGUUGCUGACAGGGUGGAGAAUGCUGGUUCCUCGGCGGUACGCAUUCAAGGCCUGGCUGUCGUCAGUGUCAUUGCCAUCGUCGCUGCUAUUGUGAUGUAA